AUGAGUAAAAUAGAAAAUAAAACUGAAAAACAUUCAGAGCAAAAAAGUAUAUCUAAAAAUUUAUCAAAUAUAAAUGAAAAUUCCAAAAAAAAAAGAAUAAAUGACUUAAAUGAGGAAAAUAAAAAAAAAGUCAAAAUAAAUAUAGGAAUUGAAGACAGUAAAUCAGAAUUUACAGUUGAAAAACAAAAUCAAAUUAAUAAUGAUUUUAAUCAUAAAAAAAAUAAUACAUUAAUAAAUAAUAGCAAUGAUAAUUUAAAUAAAAAUGAAAAGGAUAAUAAUAUAAGUACUGAUGAUAACAACAAAGAUAAUUAUAAGAAUAAAAGUAAAAAUGAACACAUUGAUAGUUAUGAUAAUGUAAAUUAUAAUAAUGUUAAUAAUAAUAAUGACAGUAACAAAGUUUGUAGUUAUAAUACUAAUAAUAAAAGUAAUAAGGAAUGUGAUAAAGAAAUAAUAGAUAAAAUUAACUCAGUGAAUGAAAUUAAAGAAAAGGAAAGUACUACAAAUAAAGAUAUACUUAUAAAUAAAUUAACAAAUAAAAGAUAUAGUACCAGAUAUUUUGAACUAUUAGAAGAAAAGAAAAAGUUACCAGCAUGGAGCGCUAAAAAGAAUUUCUUAAAAUUAUUUAAAAAAAAUGAUAUUUUAAUUAUUGUUGGUGAUACAGGAAGUGGAAAGACAACCCAGAUUUCUCAAUUUGUAUUAGAAUCUAAGUUUUCAGAAAAAAAGUCAAUAGCCGUAACACAACCAAGAAGGGUAGCAGCUAUGAGUGUAGCUACAAGGGUAUCCGAGGAGUUAGAUGUAGAACUAGGAACAUAUGUUGGAUAUACAAUUAGGUUUGAAGAUAGGUCUAGUAGUAAAACAAUAAUAAAAUAUUUAACAGAUGGAAUGCUAUUAAGGGAAUCAAUGAGUGAUCCGUUGUUGAAAAGAUAUAACACCAUAAUAUUAGAUGAGGCUCAUGAAAGAACUUUAGCUACAGAUAUUUUAUUUGGUGUUAUAAAAAAUAUUUUGGAAAAAAGAAAUGAUUUAAAAUUAAUAGUUAUGUCUGCAACAUUAGACGCAGAAAAAUUUCAAAAUUUUUUUAAUGGAUCAAAAAUUCUUAACAUACCAGGUAGAUUGUUUCCUGUAGAAAUAUUUUAUACCCUUCAAGCAGAGAAGGAUUAUAUAAAAGUUGUGAUAAGAACAGUUUAUGAUAUUCAUGUUAAUGAAGAAGAAGGAGACAUUUUAGUUUUUUUAACAGGUGAAGAAGAAAUAGAAAUGACAAAAAAAGAAAUUGAAAAGGUAGUAUCUAGAAAUGUAAAUGCAGGUCAAUUAGUUGUAUUACCCUUAUACUCCUCAUUACCUUCUUCACAACAACAAAAAAUUUUUGAACCAGCUCCAAAUCCUAGAUUUAAAGGAGAUAAAAUGGGGAGAAAGUGUAUACUGGCAACUAAUAUAGCUGAAACAUCUAUAACUAUUGAUGGAAUUGUUUAUGUUAUUGAUCCAGGAUUUUCUAAACAAAAAGUGUAUAACCCAAGAGCUAGAAUAGAAUCUUUAUUAAUUGCGCCCAUCUCAAAAGCCUCAGCUCAACAAAGAGCUGGAAGAGCAGGAAGAACAAAACCAGGAAAAUGCUUUCGAUUAUAUACGGAAAAAUGUUAUGAACAAACUUUACCUGAACAAACAUACCCAGAAAUUUUACGAUCUAACUUAGGGUCUGUCGUUUUAAAUUUAAAGAAAUUAGGAAUAGAUGAUUUAGUUCAUUUUGAUUUUAUGGAUCCACCAGCACCUGAAACUUUAAUGAGAGCUUUGGAACAGUUGAAUUAUUUAGGAGCAUUGGAUGAUGAAGGAGAUUUAACAAAUAAGGGACAUUUAAUGUCAGAAUUUCCAGUAGAUCCACAACUAGCAAAAGUAUUAAUUGAAUCUCCUAAUUAUUUUUGUUCUAGUGAAAUACUAAGUAUUGCUGCUAUGUUAUCUGUACCUAAUUGCUUUUUAAGACCAAAAAUAAAAGGUAAAGAGGCAGAUGAAAUGAAAACAAGAUUUUCUCACUUAGAUGGUGACCAUUUGACUUUACUCAAUGUAUUUCACUCUUAUGUAAAAUAUUCUUUAGUUGAUACGAAUUCAUCAAAAAAGUUCUGCUACGAAUAUUUUUUAAAUCAUAGAGCUAUGACAUCUGCCCAAAAUGUUAGAAAUCAAUUAUUAAGAAUUAUGGAAAGAUUAAAUUUAAAAAUUAUAUCCAUUAACCCUGCGAGCCCGGAAUAUUAUGUAAAUAUUAGAAAAGCAUUAUUAAGUGGAUUUUAUCAGCAAGUGGCCUAUAAAACGAGUAAAGGUUAUUAUAUAACUGUCAAGGAUAUUCAAAUAGUUACAUUACACCCUUCUACUUUUUUUCAAGUAAAUCCUGAAUGGGUUAUAUAUCAUGAACUUUUAUUAACAACUAAGAAUUUCAUAAGAACUGUAACUAAAAUAGAAGGAAAGUGGUUACUAGAAAUAGCUCACAGUUAUUAUGCUUUAGAAGAUCUUCAAAACAGCGAAGCAAAAAAUGAACUUAAAAUGUUGCUUAAAAAUAAGUAG